UGUGACGUUUAUCCGGUUUAUAGGUUAGAAUUUGUGUUUUUAUUUUGAAAUUGUGUUUAAUAAAAGAGAUGCUGCCAAAGGAUCGUAGACGAUUGAUUUAAGUACCUCACAUUUUUUUUUUUGCACAAACCGCAAUAAUGAAGGAUAUUUCCGAUUAUUUCGGAUCUCCUAGGUCUACCAAUUGCCAUGACAUCUCUGUUCAACCAAAAAUGCAUAAGAAACAAAAUCAGUCCCACAACAAGAACGAAAAUGCCGACUUAUUGUCCCCACCACAGGAAAACACGGAGCAGAGUUCCUUAACUUUAUCGGAGGGAAAGAUUGAGUUGUUGGAAAAUCAUGAGACCUCCUGUAAAUCCAAAGUGAAUGCUUUUUAUAUAUUAAUGGAUAGCAGAAAUAACAUCAUCGGGCAAAAUUCUGGCGGUAAAGUGGUUGAGCAUAAAGAAAAAUCACCAAAUAUGCUGGAAGAAAGAAAAAAGCUGGAGUCUAGGAAGAAUGUAUUUGAAAACUGGGCUGAACAGAAAGGUGCAUCGAAGAGGAAAAGAAAAGAACUGGAAAUUGACAAACAUAUAAAUGGAAUUUUGGAAAAGAGGGCAAAAAAAUUGAAAAAGAUGCUCCAUAUAGCCGAUAAAGGUGAGGAAUUGGAUAAAGGAGUAAGAAGGCAUAAAAAAAGAACUAGGAAAUUAAGCUCUACAGACUCUGAAGCAAGUAAUUCUUCCCAAUCAGAUGAAAAGACCAAAAGCAACCGAUUCUUGCAGAUAAUUGAAGAGAAUGCUCAAGAUUGUACUGAUCUAACUACCAUUCAGAAUUCGAAUGAAAGCCAGAAGAGUUUAAACAGCUUUUUUCAAAAAUUUGAGACUGAUGAAUCUAGUCAGGAUUCACAGACUCUUAAAAAUCUAAGGAACUGGAAAAUGAAGAUCAGAUUGAACGCCAAUGAGAAAAAUGAUAAAAUCAAAAAUCACACUGAAAAAAUUAUUAAUAUCGAAGAGGAAGAAAUUGUUUUGUCAAGUGACAGUGGUGAAGAAAGCAGCAUUCCAGAUACAGUAAUCUCAAAAAAAGUGGCCCCAAUUUUUCUUAAGAGUACUCCAAAACCAAAAGUAGAUGAAAAGUUUGAAGAAGCCAAAAAGCAGUUCUUGCUUAGUGGAGUCCCAGAUGCCUUAAAGAGAACUAUUGAAAGGAGAAAGAACUUUGAAGAAAAAAGUUUUGAAAUGUUUCCCAGAACUAGUCACGUGCAGCAAAAAUGCAAUCACAGUUUUUGGAAUUUGCCAAGUAACAUUACCAAAGUGUCUUAUCUGGGUGAUACAGACUUCUGCACUCCAAUUUUAAGUUGCAGCGGUUUGAUAUCUAAGAGUUCAAAACCGGCAAAGUUGACCAAAAUGGUCGAUAGAGUUAAAGAUUUACACUCGAUCAUAAACAAAAUAAAGCAAGAGAAUCCUAAUUAUCCGGUUUUCAAAGCUUUCAGACAAAUUUAUGAGAGGAGCGGUAAGGCUGGUGCCGAGGUUAAAUCUGAUAAAAAAUCUUCCAGAAGACGUUCUCGCAAGUCCUGCGAUCGUCGUGAGUUUCAAUUUUGUAAGGAUUACGAAAUGUGGACUGACAAGUACAAACCACGCACCUCCGAUGAUAUUUUCGGCAACCAUAAAGGUGUAGCUGCUCUCAGACGUUUUUUGGCGAGUUGGGCGAACUACAGCGACGAAAUCAACUUGAGAAAGAGACUUAAAAGGGGUAAUUCUGAUAGCGAAUCUGAGUUUGAAUCAACGGAUUGUGACAGUAGGGCCAGUACUGAUUUGCCAGGGAACACUAUGAUCGUCGGAGGUCCCUGUGGUUCUGGAAAAACGAGCGCCAUCUACGCCUUGGCUAACGAAUUCGGGUUUAAUGUGUUGGAGGUCAACGCCAGUACUAAAAGAACAGGUAAAAGACUUGUUCAAGAAUUGCAAGAAGCCACUCAGUCUCACCAAGUGAGGAAAAAUGAUAUUGCGGCGGCGCUAAAAGGGGGCAAGUCGGAAAAAGCGCAGGGUCAUGAGAGUAGACAUAAAAAGCUGUGCAUUUUGCUAGUUGAAGAUAUAGAUUUGGUGUUCGACCAGGAUGACGGUUUUCUAACCUCACUAAAUCAAUUAAUUGGUACAAGUAAGAGGCCGAUCAUAGCGACUACCAAUGAUACGAGUCCAGUUCACGUCCAGAAGCUGCUCGUCCAGCACGAGUUCGUAUUAUUCGCGCCUUUUGGAUUGACCACCCUGUCGGUGUGGUUACAGAUAGUUUGUCUGGUAGAGGGUCUUCUGGUCGAUAGGGGCGACAUCGGUUCUCUUUUGGAAUACAACAAGGGUGACGUUAGAAAGACGCUGCUGCAGCUGCAGUUUUGGGUGCAAAGCGGGGGUCAAUUAAACCGGGUAGCAUCUUUGCCGCUCGUAAACGGCGACGAUUGUUUUUCUAACCUCGAAAACAGGAUUACGGAUGAAGAGCUGGUGGUGACCUUAGGAAAUGCUGGGAGCGGCAAGCGUUGCUUCGUCCACGGAAACCUGCUCGGUAGUUUUGAUAUUUUUAGAGAAAACUGUAACUACAACGUGCCUUAUCACUUCAAUUUGGGCACUUUGUAUUGGAACGCGGCGAAUCUAUUGAGUUUGUCCGACGCUUCCAGGCGCAGAACUGAUCCAGGCGGCUACAAGUCUGUCAGUGGCGACGAAGCGAUGCCCUUAGGAAGUUUGGAGAUGGCUUUGAGCUAUUAUGAAGCUCUGGUAACCACCGACGUGUUGUUUACAUCACAGGCGUACUCAAAUACAUCGGAACCAGUGUUGAAAAAUUGGUCGGUGCACUUAAAGGACAGCCUAGAGUUAACUGAACGCCCAAGCACAGAAGGUUCGCCAGACUUUGCUCACGAUCUCGCGCACACAUUGAUCAACAGCUCACUCGAACGUUAUAAGAAGUGUUCCAAUACCGCCAGCGCUCUUAACAUGGCUUUGCCCGACGCGAAGGAACGCCGGUGGCGCGCGAAUCAGCACGCCUGCGAGGAAUUCCUCACUGGCGCCAUUUCUGUGUCGGCCACUCUAGAGCGUACUUCCGUAGCGCUAGAUUAUUUGCCGGCUCUCAGGGCCGUGACCCGUUCGGAAGAGUCUCGGGCCGCCUCGAAUACGAAACGGGGCAAAAGGUUCAGGCACUACUUGAAAAAUUUCAACGUUUCGUUCAACGAGAGCUUAUGUAAAAUGUCCGCCUCGGUGUUAACGUCGGACGACUUGUGACACCGACCCACAGAG